GUGGAGGGUUCCACCACCUGUAGAGGAAGAAACCCUGUACAAAAUUUUGUUUGUGCGCACCUAAAACAUGCCCUCAAAACUGUCCCCCAUCACAUAAACUUGGUCAAAUAUCUAACCAUCUUCAUCUUGUCUUCCUUUUAAUCAUCUGGGCUGUAUUUAGAUUUCAGAUCGAACCCUGUUUGAAAGAAAAACCAAAGAACAGUAGAUUUGAAUUCUUGAAGAUGGGGAAGAGGAAGUCAUCUGCAAAGCCCCCUCCAAAGAAGAGGAUGGAUAAAUUAGAGACAGUCUUCACAUGCCCAUUUUGUAAUCAUGGAAGUAGUGUGGAAUGCAGAAUGGAUCGGAAAGAUAUGAUUGGUGAGGCUUCUUGCAGUGUGUGCCAAGAGAAAUUCAGCACCACCAUUAACGCACUGAGCGAGCCCAUUGAUGUGUACAGUGAAUGGAUUGAUGAGUGUGAGCGUGUCAAUACUCUUGGAGAAGAAUAAAAAUAUGGGGAUAUGAAAUGCUUUUUAUAAGGCAUAAUCUGUAUAUGGUAAUCGAUGAAUAAAAAGACAUGGCUGAUUGGAAAAGGUAUUUGUGAGACAUCUCAGUAUGACAGUAAAGGUUCGAACUUAUGUGUGAUAAGAGAAAUACUUCUUACCAAUUUAUGCACCGACUCUGGUGGCCCUAAUGUUUAAAGUUUAUUGUGAGUGCCUUGAGGUGACAUUAUAAUACACCUGCAUGUCCUCUGCACAAGUGGGUAAUUGCAAUGGAUAGUAUUGCCCUUUGUAGUGUGCAGUGCAUCUUUAUUUCAUGUGACCUAAAAUUCACAACUUAGUAUAACUAGUUUUAUAUCUGA